AUGCCAGCUACCGUGCACGCCAGAAAGGACUCGGCAGAGUCCAUCAACACCGACAUCAUCACGAUGUCGCGGUUCAUCCUCGAGAAACAGCGUACCAACGCGAAGCAUGCGACCGGAGAUUUCACGCUUUUGCUAAACUCGCUGCAAUUUGCCUUCAAGUUCAUUUCCCAGACCAUCCGGCGCGCAGAGCUGGUCAACCUGAUCGGGCUUGCCGGAGCCUCCAACUCGACCGGUGACCAGCAGAAAAAGCUCGAUGUGCUAGGUGACGAGAUCUUCAUCAACGCCAUGAAGGCCAGCGGCAACGUCAAAGUGCUGGUGUCAGAGGAGCAGGAGGACCUGAUCGUGUUCCCAGCCAAUCAUGGAACGUACGCCGUAUGCUGUGACCCCAUCGAUGGCUCUUCCAACCUUGACGCCGGUGUCUCGGUCGGCACCAUCGUGUCGCUGUUCCGUUUGCAGCCGGGGUCCACGGGCACCAUCGCAGACGUGUUGCGCAAUGGGCUUGAAAUGGUGGGUGCGUGCUACGCCAUGUACGGUGCGUCUACGCACCUCAUGCUCACGACGGGCGACGGCGUCGAUGGUUUCACGCUCGACACUCAGCUGGGUGAGUUCAUCCUCACGUAUCCCAACCUGAGCAUGCCGCUCGAGUACCCCAUUUACUCCAUCAACGAGGGUAACUCGCUGUAUUGGGACGAACGCAUCCAAACCUUCAUCAAUGACCUCAAGAAGCCCCAAGAAAUGCUCAAUGGCAAGCCCUACUCCGCGCGUUAUAUCGGAUCCAUGGUUGCAGACGUGCACAGGACACUGCUGUAUGGUGGGCUAUUCGCGUAUCCUUGUGACCGCAAGAACAAGAAUGGGAAAUUGAGAUUGCUGUAUGAGGCGUUCCCCAUGGCGUUUUUGGUCGAGCAAGCUGGCGGCCGUGCCGUCAAUGACCGCGGUGAGCGCAUUUUGGAACUCACCCCUCGCCACAUUCACGAUAAAUCUAGCAUUUGGCUAGGAAGCUCCUACGAGGUGGAUCGCUAUCUGAAACACAUCGAUAAGAACUGA